AUGUAUUUCUACGCCGCUGCCUCUCUCCUUCUUCUUGCAACAGCACAGGCCUCGGUCCUGAGCACAACGAACAUCGCAACAGUACUAGCCGGCGCUACUUCUCAAUCCACGCUCACUAUCCCAGCCGAUGCUAUGGCUGCCAUAGCAAAACUUGGGACAGGAGGGUCUACAGCCUCAACCCUCUCCGCGGCAGACAAAUCAGCUAUCUCGUCUUGUACGACUACAGCGCAGGCCAAUAAUACUGCCAGUAAAGCCAAUCUCGGCGGAGGAACUGGUUCAGCAGGAAACAUUGCAUUUGUCACAAAUAAAAUAACAACUCAUGCCUGCGAAAGUGCGGGCCAGCAGAUAGCCUUGGCCGCUGGAGGAGCCGCGGCCAGUGACACGGAUGUCAAUCUUUUGAUAUCAAACGUUGGGGUUCUGAAUGCGAACACUGACGCUGCCGGCAUCACACGAAAGAGGGAUAUGGGAUAUGCGAGGUCGUUGAAGGAGUAUCUGGCAUUGAGGAAGGCGCGAGGGUUGAUAUGA